AUGGGUUUUCUGAAGAGCGUGAAAACUCUAGGAACACUAAAGGGUAUGAAGAAAAUUGGCAAAGAAGUGGGUAAGAUCAUCCAUACGAGUAGAAAAGUACAUGCGGAACAUAGUCUGUCUUCAGCUAUCGACUACAAAUUUUAUGAUGAUCCUGAAGAUCUCAUGACCCCGCUAAUGUCGAGCAACAAAAACAGAAAAUCUUCUGAUCCUGAAAGCAGUAGUACUAGUAGAAACUCACGGAAGACUAGUAUUAGUACCAUAAAUGCUGAAACCGGGAAACCUUCUGAGCCCAAAAGCAAUAUUUCUAGCACUAGUUCAGUUAGUAGAACUAGUGCCAGAGAUCCAAGUACUACUUUUAUGUGUGAUAUGUGUGUUAAGCCAACUCAUCUGAAAGAUUCAUUCAACAUUGAGGGUUGCAACCAUUUUUAUUGUCAGCAAUGCAUAGUGGAUUUUGUGAGGUCCAAGCUGGAAGACAAUGUCACAUUCAUUGUAUGCCCUGAAGCAGCUGCAGGCUGCAGAGGAUGGUUAGAACCCGAGUACUGUCGUCCAAUCCUCCCAGACGAGCUCUUUGAUAGGUGGAUCAACGCCGAUCAUAAUGGGCAGCCUUCUGAUGCUGAAAUCUACAGUAGUAGUCCUGGUAAUUUCACAUGUUAUAUCUGUGCUGAACAAGUUCAUCUGGAGGACUCAUUCGACGUCAAAGGUUGCAAUCAUUUUUACUGUCAACGAUGCGUUGUUAAUUUCGUAGUGACCAAGCUCGUAGACAAUGUCACAUCCAUUAUGUGCCCUGAAGCAGGCUGCAGUGGAGUGUUGGAUCCCGAGUACUGUCGUCUAAUCCUUCCAGACGAGCUCUAUGAUUGGUGGGAGACUGCCUUACAAAGUCAAAAUGAGCAAUCUUCUAAUAAUCCUGAAACCAAUGAUGCUAGUACUAACAGUGACACUAGUACUUUCAUAUGUGAUCUCUGCGUCGAGUCCUUUCCGCUUGAAGAGUCAUUCAACAUCAAAGGUUGCAGCCACUUUUACUGUCAGCAGUGCAUAGUUAACUAUGUAUCGUCGAAGCUCCAAGACAAUGUCACCUCCAUCAUGUGCCCCGAACCAGGCUGCUGUGGAGUGUUAGACCCUGAGUACUGUCAUCCAAUCCUACCAAACGACAUCUAUGACCGGUGGGGAAAAGCCCUAUGUGAAAAUGUGAUCACGGGGUCCGAAAGCUCUACCAACUACUUCUACUGUCCCUUUGCAGAUUGCUCAGCACUGUUGAUCCGUGACGAUGAAAUCAAUAUGUCUGAGUGUCCUCACUGCAAGAGAGUGGUGUGCGCCGAGUGCAGGGUUCCAUGGCAUAUCGAAUUUAAUUGCGAUGAGUUUCAGAUGCUGCGUGACAAGGGUGAAGAUGAGAUGGUGAGAGCGCUAGCCAAGAAGAACAAGUGGAGGAGGUGUAAGAAAUGCAAGUACUAUGUUGAGAAAGAAGAAGGGUGCAUGUACAUCAAGUGCAGGUGUGGACAUGCCUUCUGCUACAAUUGUGGCAUAGAAAAAAGCACCGAUCACCAUACCCGAUACUGUUCCUGUGAAAAGAAGGGCAAUCGAUAG